GGGAAAAAAAAGAGGUUACGAGAUAAACCGCAGCUUAACAGGGGCUGUUUGUGGGGAAAUAACACUGCUUGGCACGAGGAGCUUCUUAUCACUUUUUAACUACAAAAUUAUCAUCUGAGUCAUCAUGCCUCGUGGAGGACUUCUGACCGCUUAUUUAUGGUCUGUGUUAGCACAUAGGUGUCAUGCCUGACGGUGGAGAAACGAUGUUGUUCGUUAUAGCUGUUGUCAGUGUUUAUUUGGCGUCUGUUGUCGGUGUAACUGACUCCACUCCAGACUCGUCGUAUGUUGCCGCUGUUUAUGAGCACAAAGUAAUCCUGAACCCGCACCCGCGCGUGCCCGUGUCCCGCCACGAUGCUCUGCAGCACAUGCAGAAAAACCUGGAUAUCUACGAGGAGCAGGCAGCCCGGGCAGCCCAGCAGGGUGCCCAGAUCCUGGUGUUUCCAGAAGAUGGUAUUCAUGGAUUUAACUUCACUCGAUUAUCCAUCACUAGCUACCUGGAAACCAUUCCUGACCCUCAGGAGGAGAGCUGGAAUCCAUGCAUGAAGCCAGAAAGACACAACAACACUGAGGUUCUCCAGAGAUUGAGCUGUAUGGCUCGUCGUAACAACCUCUACCUGGUGGCCAACAUGCCCGACCUGCAACCCUGUCCCCUGAAGACCAGCCCCACCUCCACCUGUCCUCCUGAUGGGCGCUGGCAGUUCAACACAAAUGUGGCUUUCAGGUCAGAUGGCCUUCUGGUGGCACGCUACCACAAACACAACCUAUACUUUGAGGCCUCCUGUGACACACCUCCAGAACCUGAAAUCAUAACAUUUGACACUCCUUUUGCUGGGAAGUUUGGCCUCUUCAUCUGCUUCGACAUCCUGUUUCAUGAUCCUACAGUGCUCCUAGUGCAGAGGGGUGUGCGUCAGUUGAUCUUUCCAACAGCCUGGAUGAACCAGCUCCCCCUGCUGGAUUCAAUCCAGUUUCAGCAGGCAUUCAGUCUGGGUGCCAACGUCACCCUACUAGCUGUCAACAUUCGUAAUGACAGGCUCAUCAUGACAGGAAGUGGCAUCUACCCUUUUUCUGCCACCUACCACCACGCCAGGAAAGGAGACCCAGAGGAGGGCAGGCUGCUGGUGGCCAGAGUGCCAGUUUUGGAGCCACUUGAGGUAAAACAAAGUGCAGCCAAAGAGGUGGAGGCUGGUGGUGGGGAGUCAACAAUAUCAGUGGCUACAGACUCUGGAUACUGCUACCAAGAUAGCUGUGAUGACCCUCCUCCUCCCUCCUACCCCACCUUCAUCUCCUCUAUGAUGUAUGACACAUUUACAUUUGUCCUCUUAAAUGAGACACAAGGCGACGUUAAAGUGUGCAACGGCACUUUCUGCUGCCGCCUGCAGUACAGGUGGUUACUGCAAGACCAUAAAGAGCUCUAUGCUUUCGGCGCAUUUGCAGGAACACACACCGUCAACGGACGUUACGCACUGCAGGUUUGUGCCGUAGUCCGUUGUGCAGGGUUGGAUCGGAGCUCUUGUGGACAGGAAGUGGAAGAAGCAGAGUCUAAAAUGGACUUCCUGUUGGAGGGGAACUUUGACACCAAAUACGUGUACCCAUCCAUUCUGACAAGCCGAAUGUUCCUGGAGCAGCCAGAGAGUCUGGAGAAAGCUGCAGACGGGAGACUGACCAUGAAACAUUCAAACACGAAGGGUGGCCUGGUCACUGCCUGCCUGUAUGGACGAAUGUACCACCUGGACAAUAAUCAUCCUGCUGAAUUACUACUGAAUACAAUUUGCACUGUCAUUUGUUUAAAGUGUCUUCUUUCAUACAGGUCAGAUGGCCUUCUGGUGGCACGCUACCACAAACACAACCUAUACUUUGAGGCCUCCUGUGACACACCUCCAGAACCUGAAAUCAUAACAUUUGACACUCCUUUUGCUGGGAAGUUUGGCCUCUUCAUCUGCUUCGACAUCCUGUUUCAUGAUCCUACAGUGCUCCUAGUGCAGAGGGGUGUGCGUCAGUUGAUCUUUCCAACAGCCUGGAUGAACCAGCUCCCCCUGCUGGAUUCAAUCCAGUUUCAGCAGGCAUUCAGUCUGGGUGCCAACGUCACCCUACUAGCUGUCAACAUUCGUAAUGACAGGCUCAUCAUGACAGGAAGUGGCAUCUACACCCCUUUUUCUGCCACCUACCACCACGCCAGGAAAGGAGACCCAGAGGAGGGCAGGCUGCUGGUGGCCAGAGUGCCAGUUUUGGAGCCACUUGAGGUAAAACAAAGUGCAGCCAAAGAGGUGGAGGCUGGUGGUGGGGAGUCAACAAUAUCAGUGGCUACAGACUCUGGAUACUGCUACCAAGAUAGCUGUGAUGACCCUCCUCCUCCCUCCUACCCCACCUUCAUCUCCUCUAUGAUGUAUGACACAUUUACAUUUGUCCUCUUAAAUGAGACACAAGGCGACAUUAAAGUGUGCAACGGCACUUUCUGCUGCCGCCUGCAGUACAGGUGGUUACUGCAAGACCAUAAAGAGCUCUAUGCUUUCAGCGCAUUUGCAGGAACGCACACCGUCAACGGACGUUACGCACUGCAGGUUUGUGCCGUAGUCCGUUGUGCAGGGUUGGAUCGGAGCUCUUGUGGACAGGAAGUGGAAGAAGCAGAGUCUAAAAUGGACUUCCUGUUGGAGGGGAACUUUGACACCAAAUACGUGUACCCAUCCAUUCUGACAAGCCGAAUGUUCCUGGAGCAGCCAGAGAGUCUGGAGAAAGCUGCAGACAUGAGAGUGACCAUGAAACAUUCAAACACGAAGGGUGGCCUGGUCACUGCCUGCCUGUAUGGACGAAUGUACCACCUGGACAAUGAAUAAAGUUUGGAGGGAUCAGGAAAAUAAAGUUCAGUGUUAUGGUUAAGAGCUGCUCCAACCUUCAGCUGUUACACAUUUGUUUUAUCUCUUAUAAAAUAAACCAAAACAAAUGUCUUUA